AGCCCAUUGGAUUAUCUUGCUCCUCUAGUAUCUUUGCCGUGAACCAGGAAGUUGCCGAAAUGGCUUCCAAGGCACAGAGUGAGAAUUGGACAGAGGAGACAAUUUGCUCCAUCUGCCUUGAAUUCUUCACCAAUCCAGUUUCACUGGAGUGCGGGCACAAUUUUUGUCGCCACUGCAUCACUCGGUGCUGCGAACCGAACAGUGUGCAUUGCUGCCCCGAGUGCAGGCGCGAAUUUCCGGGUAUCCCUUCCGCGAUCAACUGGGCCCUGGCGAGUCUGGCCGAGAAAGCACACAAGUUAAAGCAGAGCCAGAAGGAGAAGAAAAGUAAACUCCUCUGCGAGGAACACGAGGAAGAGCUGAAGCUGUUUUGUGACACAGACAAGAAGCUGAUCUGCCUGAUUUGUCGAGAUGCGCGGGAACACAAGUCUCACAACUGUAUACCGAUUAAGGAAGCUGUCGAAAUCUACAAGGAUCAGAUGAAAUCCUCCUUCAUCUCUCUCUCCAAGAAGAUAUCAGAAUUCCAGGAAAUGGAACUGCAGCAGAAACAGACGAUUAGUAAGAUUAAGAAACAGUCGCGCUACCUACAGACUCGCGUGGCUUCAGAAUUCGCUGAAGUGCACAAAGUUCUCGCUGAGAAAGAACACAGCUUAAUCAAAGGCCUCAAGGAAGAUGAGGUGAAAUUCGUGAGCAUAAUGGAAAGAAAUCUUAGAUACAUUCAAGAUAAGUUGAUAUCCAUUCAAGGGAAGCUGGCAAAUCUGGGAAAACAGAUGAAACAGAAAGAUGGAGCUAUCUUCCUGAAGGAGGAAACCUCUCGGAAGAGCAGCCUUAACGAAAUAGAUCAGAAAGUGUCGGUGACUGGAGGCAGCCUCUCGAUGGGACAUUUCAACUGCACUUUGCCGUUUGCAGUGUGGAGAGAAUAUAUUGACACUGUUAAAUCGGACUCUGUGACCCUGGAUGAGGAUAGCGCGCAUCCGGAGCUCGAGGUGUCCUGCAGCCUGAUGGAUGUGAGAUUGACCGGGGUCAGGAGAAGCCUCCGCAACAACAGGAAGAGGUUUAUGGAAUGUCUCUGUGCGCUGGGAUCGGAGGGAUUCACAUCGGGGAGACAUUACUGGGAGGUGGAGGUGGCGGGGAGUCGCCGCUGGAGUCUGGGAGUCGCCGCAGAGUCUGUGGAGAGGAAGAGACGGGUCGACCUGAAACCAGAGGAAGGAUUCUGGACCAUCGAGAGAUAUCGCGAGGAGGUUUCCGCAAGCAAUUCUUCCCAGAUCCCUCUCUCAGCCGGUCCCGUCCCCGGGAGGGUGGGAGUUUACUUCAGUUACGAAUCGGGGUCAGUCUCAUUUUAUGACGCGGACACCAAGUCCCACCUCCACACGUUCACCGGGAAUAAAUUCGUGGGGAAAAUGUAUCCCUUCUUUGGUGCUUGGGAUGAAAAUCAAUGGCUGAAGAUAUGCUUCAUUCCCUGCUCGAAUUAGUAAAAGGGUCGGGUCCCGGGACCGGCGUCAUGAGUGGGGCUAAUGGGCUGUGGGGCAGAAACCGUGUGGAAAAAUGGUUGGCGCUGAACCGGUUGCCUUUGAUCCCCAAAUUUCGCGUCGGAGUAGACUAGUAUAAAUAUCAAUGUGGGUUUGUGCCUUUGUGCAUUUGUUCAUUGGAUCAUCAUUAGUAAAGGAAUGGCGUGUGUGAGAUUAGUCACUGAAUUCUGGAGCAACUCAGUGGGGACAGGCAGCAUCUCUGGAGAGAAGGAAUUAAAUGUAUCUUGUAUCUUGUAUCUUGGGUGACGUUUCGGGUCGAGACCCUUCUUCAAACUAGUGUCAGGGGAAAGGCAACGGGAGAUAAACUGUGAGAUUAGUGAUGGCCAACUGCACCGAUGUUCAAACGGUCACCCACUCCCAGCCUAUUCAGAGGCGCUUUGCCGUGGGGGGGGGGGGGGGGGGGGGGGUGGGGGGGGGGGG